AAAAUCUGUAGGACAUUGAAUUGACAAAAAUGAGUGGAAGAGCACGUUCUCGGGCCCGAGGGCGGGCUCGUGUCCCUGAAGCAAGCGCCCAGCCUGUUGCUCCAAGGCUAGCACCUGCUCCAGAACCAGCUCCAACAAGACCUGUCAGUACAGGAGAAUCCGAAUUGCUUGGUCGUGGUCGACAGAGAGGGCCCUCUGGAGCAAUGGGACGUAAAGAUGUUGUUGAGGUGGUAUCUGCUGGAUUUAAAGAGAUGUCAUUGGCAGAAAGAGGUGGACGUCGGCGAGACUUCCAUGAUUUUGGAGUGAACACAAGGAAAGCAAUGGAGCAUGUCAAAGAGUCCAAAACUGGUGUUUCUGGGAGUCUAAUACGACUGAUAACAAACUAUAUUCGCCUAAGCUCUCGCCCGCAAUGGGCUCUGUAUCAGUACCACGUGGAUUAUAAUCCUCAAAUGGAAUCAAGGCGUUUGCGAACAGUACUAUUGUUUAUGCAUGACAAAAUUCUUGGUACAACUCGUGUAUUUGAUGGUUCAAUCUUAUUCCUGCCUAAAAAACUGGAAAAGAAAGUCACUGAACUAAUGAGCCAGACACGUGAUGGCCAGAGUGUGAAGGUAACAGUUACUUUGACCAAUGAAUUGCCUCCAACAUCUCCAACAUGCCUUCAGUUUUACAAUAUUGUGUUCAGGAGGCUUUUAAAGAUGAUGUCCUUGCAGCAAAUUGGCCGAAAUUAUUACAACCCUCAGGAUCCCAUUAUGAUUCCACAACACCGAAUCAUGGUUUGGCCAGGAUACACCACUUCAAUUCUGCAGUACGAGAACAGUGUCAUGUUAUGUGCAGAUGUCAGUCACAAGAUUCUGCGUAGCGAAACUGUACUUGAUGUAAUGUAUCAAUUAUAUGAGCAGUUUGGUGAACACCGGUUUCAGGAGGCCUGCUCAAAGGAGCUAAUCGGAGUCAUAGUUCUUACCAGAUACAACAACAAGACUUACCGAAUUGAUGACAUUGAUUGGGUUCAGAAUCCACGAAACACCUUUAAAAAAGCAGAUGGAUCUCAAAUCAGCUACAUAGAAUAUUACAAGAAGCAAUAUAGUACAGACAUUACUGAUUUGAACCAGCCAGUGCUUGUCAGUCAGCCCAAAAGACAAGGACCUGGAGGUACUACUAUAGGACCCAUCUGCCUCAUUCCAGAGCUCUGCUAUCUUACAGGAAUGACUGACAAAAUACGUUCCGAUUUCAGUGUUAUGAGAGACCUGUCUGUACAUACAAGAUUAACACCAAAACAAAGAGAACAGCGGUUAUGCCGUUUCAUGGACUACAUUCAAAAGGAUGAUAAUGUCCAGAAGGAACUCUCUGAUUGGGGUCUCCAGUUUGAUACUGAGUUGCACUCGUUGUCUGGUCGAGUUGUGCCUUCAGAGAAGAUCCACCAAGGUGGAAAAAUGUUUGACUAUAAUCCUCAAGCAGCAGAGUGGUCCAGAGAAACCAGAGGUGCAUACCUGAUUAAUCCUAUUCCACUGGAAAAUUGGGUGCUGAUUUUUACCCGAAGAAAUGUUGAUGUAGCUAGGAGCCUUUUCCAAACUCUAGGCAAAGUAGUAAAUGCAAUGGGCAUUAGAAUGGAAAAGCCAUUAAUGAUUGAGGUAGAAGAUCGCAGUGAGGCAUUUUUGAAGGCUUUGCAGUCUAAUGUUACUCAGUCCACAAGAAUUGUUGUUUGUGUCCUUCCUUCUAAUCGCAAAGACAAAUAUGAUACCAUCAAGAAAUACUUGUGCGUUGAAUGCCCAACCCCAAGUCAGUGUGUAGUUGCUCGCACCUUAAGUAAGCCACAAGCAUUGAUGGCUAUUGCAACAAAAAUUGCAUUACAAAUAAACUGUAAAAUGGGUGGUGAACUGUGGAGUGUCGAGAUACCACUCAAACAGCUCAUGGUGGUUGGCAUAGAUUGUUACCAUGAUAAUGCUGCUGGGAGGAAGUCCAUUGCAGGAUUUGUAGCCAGUAUUAAUCAGUCAAUAACAAGGUGGUUUUCUCGCUGCAUCUUGCAAGAGCGUGGACAAGAACUUGUAGAUGGAUUAAAAGUUUGUUUGCAAGCUGCUUUGAAAACAUGGCAUGCUCACAAUAAGUGCUUGCCUGGUCGUAUCAUUGUGUACCGUGAUGGAGUUGGUGAUGGACAGCUGAACACUGUCGUAAAUUAUGAGGUUCCACAGCUGCUAGAUUGUUUGAAAUACCUGACUGAUUACAAUCCAAAGCUGUCAGUAAUUGUUGUAAAGAAGCGUGUUAAUGCAAGGUUUUUUUCACAAGCUGGUGGAAGAUUACAGAACCCACCUCCUGGCACUGUCAUUGACACAGAUGUCACACGACCAGAAUGGUAUGACUUCUAUAUAGUCAGUCAGUCAGUGAAGGUUGGUACAGUUACACCGACACACUACAAUGUAGUAUAUGACAGCAGCAACCUGAAACCAGAUUACAUGCAGCGACUAACCUACAAGCUGUGCCACAUGUAUUACAAUUGGCCGGGUGUUAUUCGUGUGCCUGCCCCCUGCCAGUAUGCCCACAAACUUGCAUUCUUAGUGGGACAAAGUAUUCAUCGGGAACCCAGUCUGGCAUUGGCAGACCGCCUUUACUACCUGUGAAUAUAAAAACCAUCACGUUUCCUGUCACGAUUACUACUUCUAAAAAAAAAACUGUAUAAAAUGAAGCAUUUUCCAAACAUGUAUUUUCUAGACCAAGAAAACAUUUAGAUGUCUGGGUAGUUGUGUGAAUGGAGAACAGCACCUAUUGUAAUCAUUCCAACUGGAUAUUACUUUGUUUGCACACAGUCUCUUGCAGUUUUCAAAACACCUGAUGUUUUCUGCAUCCGCAAGCCAAGGCAAGAGUUCCUCAGGUGUCAAAAAUUCAAAAUGCAUGACAUGCCUUCUCCUCUUCCCAAUGCUUUGUACCAAAUCCUUGAACAAGGUAAGUUUUCUGAAUUAGGGCAACCAGUAGAAUUACAGAUGUUAUUGAGCCCCAGGUUUAUUGUGCUCAUGAUAGUAAAAUGGAAUCCAUCCAUUUUGACCCAUUUUCUUGUCAUCCCACACUCUAAGUUGACUCUUCUCUGAUCCUGUCAGACCUGUUGAAUUGCUGUACCAUUUUGUUUUAGUGCUGUGAUUCCAGGCUGACUUGAACUUUUCCCUUAAUUCCCUUUCCCUGUUUCCUUUUUAUGCACAAUCCCUGUGUUCCAUAUCCAAGUAAUCGUAGAAUUUUAUAGCAUUGGAAAGCAGUCAUUUGAUCUGCUUUUAUUCCUGCUGUCUGGAUGUUUAAAUCUUUAUCAAAGCAAAGUGCUGUGGAUGCUAGAGAUCUGAAAUCAAGACAAGAUGCUGGAGAAACUCAGCAGAUUUGGCAGUAUCUAUGGAGAGAGAAAAGGCAUUAACUUGGACUCCUUUAGGGCACCCUAUCAUUUUGUCCCAUUUCCUUGCCCUUCCCCAAAACCUGUAAUAUUUUCAAACUUUUGUUCAUUUUUCUUUUUAAAUGUUGUGGAUUUUGCUUACAUCACUCUUGGGAGAGAAAUUCCAAACACAAUAUGCUGUAUUUGUGAAUCUCUUCAUACCUAUGGUCCUGCAUUCUGUUUUUCAACAUGCACUGGAUGUGGGAAUACCUGGUAAACCACCUUGAACUGCUACAGUUUGUGUGGUGCACACAGUUCUAUUCGAUAAGGAGUUCCAGGAUUCUCAGACUCAUCUUCAGACUUUCUUUAAAACAGUGUUGAGUAAUUAAUGUGGCUUAACUAAAGUCUGGUGCAAAUUCAAUAUUUAAAGUCAACCAUAUAUCACCCCAACAUAUAGGAUUACAGAAUCUUUGUUUUAUAUCAGCAUUCCAGUUUAAAGAUUUGUUCAUCCACACGUUUAGCUCACUGCUGUUAACCAUCUUGCUGUUUUGGGUAAACAAUAGGCUCCCACAAAGUGUAUAUGAUCCUUCAAUGCUUUUCAGUACAUUACACAAACAUCACUGCUGCUCUAGUUUUCACACCUAUAAUUAUCCUUUGUGUGAUCCUGGAUGGUCAGUAUCUAUGAAAUGUUUGAUCAUGAAGCAGGUGCAGCUGAGCCUGGUCCUGCCCUCCCCUGACCACUUUUUGUAUGUCAAGAGCAGGAGUCACCAAAUAAGUUGAGAACGCCAGGAAAAUGUCACCGCCACCCCAUGCUCUAGUUGGUUGUGUGCCCUUGCUGAAAUCGGUCACUUUAACACAGACUUCUGCAGUCUAAUCUGGACUGUAAACUGCCAUGUCUUUCCCUGAUCAGCCACUUACGGCAGUUUUGCAUUCCAGUUUCAGGGUUAAUUUUGGAUCAGGUUUAAAGCGUAAUGUCUUUGCAUAAUGGAGUGUCAGUACAAAUAUCAUUUUUCCCCAUCCUCUAGGUUGGUUUCUUUAGGUGAGUGCAGUAGUUUAUUCAAAUUUGAGCCAAGAUGAGGGUGGGGAUAAUAUCCAUUUAUCUCACCUGAUGCCACUCCAUAUGCCAUGAAGUGAUGUAUAAAUGCUGCCUAGUGAUGGUCUCUAAUCAAUGGGAAGACCACUUGCCUGGCAUUAUGGGCAAGGGUCCUUACUCUCUUCCCCUACCCCCCCCCCCCCCCCCCAUAAUAGUAAUUGGAUCCCAGAUUUUUUUUAAAAAAUCAAAUACUGUUUUUAAGCGCAGUUUGCCAAGUUGAAGCUAUGUCAGGAUUGCUUUGACGUUUUGCAAACUAUUACAAUAAGCUGAAUUUACUGUAUUAACAAGUAUCUUGUCC